AUGGACCUGAGCGGUGAUGAUGAGGAUGUUGCCAACCCCACAGUGCUGGUGAGUUUGGAUGCAAAGAACGCCUUCAACUCCCUCGACCGCCAGGCUCUCUUCGAUGCAAUCGAGGGACGUGCGAGUCGCGACUACUUUGAUGGGAGCAUCACUGAAGGCGCAAGCUUGCCCUCUUGCGAGCAUCUCCGUUUGUUCGCCUCCUACCUCUCCAGCUACUAUGGAGACUCUGCUGACCUUCGACUCUUCACAAAAGGCGAUGUCCCCUCCAGCGUAUUUUUCUGCCACAGUAUCCACCCCCUGCUCCUCCAUAUCGCAGAGCUUUUCCCCUCUGUUCGAGUCUUGGCCUAUGCUGACAACGUCGUGCUUGUCGGUCCACUCGAGGAUGCCGUUGCAGCUACGUCCGCUAUGAAGAAGUACAUGGUGGCUGAUCUGAAGCUAGAGAUUCAACCUCGCGAGUCGAAAGUUUACAUCCCCUCCUGGCAUCAACACCCUGAUCUCUCGCAGCUGAAGAAGAGCCUUAAGCGCCGCGUCUCAAGACUCAACUUCUUCACUUCGAGUCAGCUCCGAGCGAAGGUUUCUACCCUCAACGAAGAGCUCUCAAAGCUCGGGCUCGUCCAGCAUCAUGGCUUCAUGUUCAAGACGCUGGUGAGGGCGAGCCAUCUCCAGAAGCUGCGCUUCUUCCUCCAGGGGUCAUCUCCGUUUCUCCCGCGGGUGCAAUCACAGAUUCGUCGCUUUGACCUCUCUGUCCACCUGGCGCUUGAGAAAUACCACCGCUGGCCUUCCUCGCAGUACCUCGCCGCGCAUCCCGACCUGCUAGAGUUUGCGAGGUUCAAGCGGGAGCUUCCGCAUAGUCGGGGAGGGGACGAGUUCACGCCCUCUGAGGGUCUACACCCCGCUGUUUACUAUACGGCUAUCGCUCGCUUCCUCGCUUGGUACUCUGACCAGCCCAUGUCCCGGAUGUUGCCCUCUCCUCAUAGCCUGGACGUUCACUGCUCGAGAUCUCUCCGUGCCCAGAAGCAUCCUCUGGCGACCUUCUUCGUUGAGGCGCACGACUUCGUUCAUAAUGCUGGAGCGAUCCUCUACCGUCGUGUCAAGGCUCCUGCACCAGCUGCAGAUGGCGCGGCGAUCCCACCUGCCCCGGCUGCUGUGCCUGAUGACGCAGGACGCCCCCCGGCAUCUGUGGUACACAUCCCUGGUUUGCGCGCUCUCGUCGACUCGUCUCAUGAGCACUUCAUUCCUCCCCCUGCGCAGCGAAAUGUGAACCCUCUUGUCAUGCGCGUCUUCCCUCGCCAUGUGCAUGCUCGCGCUGCGCUGACCGAUCAGCAGCACAAGCAGCCUAAGGGUCAGGCAAUCAAGCAACAAGCAGCAAUCGCGGAUUCCAGGGAUGUGGAUAUCGCCCUUCAUCUUGCGGCCAUGAGGAUGGGAGGGUACCUGCCGUCGAGAACGAGGAUCCCCCACUGUAUCGAUGACGCUCUGAAGACCAGCUUCGUUCAGCAUCGACCGAAUCGUACGAGUCUGGAGAUGAUGUGCAGCAACGGAGGGAUCGAGCUCGCGCUGACAUCCAUCACAUUCCGUCGGACACUGGCAGAUCGGCAUGCCAUGGAGAUAGCAGUCGAGCAUCUGAGCAUAGCGGUCUCGCUCAGGAAAAUGAGCGAAGAUGGUAGACUGCAAGACCCUAUCCUGCGACUUGAGCGAGUGUGUCCUGCGGCUGUGCAAGGUGAGGAUAUCACGCAGCUGAUCGGUUAG